GCUGAAUCGUUCCAGAAACAAUAUAUUUUUUAUAAACCGCCUCUACUAGGGCGCUAUAUAAGACUCGUUGCUGUGAAAUGAAAACCUCUUCAGUCUUGCAUUAAUUGUGAGUCAAAACUAUGGCAAACCUUGAUGACUACUACGCCCAGCAAGUUCUGACGGAGAGGUUUAAGAAUUGGUUUUGGUCCGGCCAGAAUGGUAAUACAUUAAUUAAGCAUUUAAACAGCGACAAAGGAAGACCAGAGAUUGUGAGGAGAGAAAUAAAUUCCCCGUAUGCAAAUGGAAUCGUCUUAAAUGUUAACUUCUUUGGUGACCAAUUCAAAUUUGUUAAAAUUGGCUUCACUCAACAAGGCACAAGCAGCGAUUGCAAAAACCGAAUGACACGAGUACGUAGGGAAAUUGAGAGCUAUCGCCAACACCUGCAAGGUAAGACUUCAGUGCUGUUUGUUAUCAUGAAGAAUCCUGUUGAUACCUCAACGCAUUCCGAGUUUGAGACGAAUUUUAGGAAGAGAUGGGGAAUGCCUGUGUCUGAUGAAUUUGCAAAGCGUUACGAGUUACCUAUCCAUACCGAGUGGGUACUCACAACCCAGGGUUUUAUUGCUCACAUGUUACAAGUCAUCGAAGCAGCAAAACAAAGAGGAAGGAUUGAUGCGAGCAUAUUUAAGGGGAUCACAUUUGAUGAAAAGAAGCUUCCAGCAGAACUUCUACAAUAUCGGAGAAAUUAAUUCAGAACUAUGAACAUAACUAUUGUAGAAAUCGUAGCCAGAUCAGAAUUUGACUUUUUAAUGAUGUACAUUAAAUUGUAAUUCCAUUUAAAUACUCUGCGAUUGUACUGUGAAAUAUCUGUCAAAAUCUGAUUGAAUUAGACCAAGCCGCCUACGAAUGCGAUAUCAGUUCAUCGAUUUCCUUUAAGUAUCUUGAUCGCCAAGGUUUUUAGUCCGUUACCCAUAUGUUUGGGGUAAAUACUUGAUGAUGCUUGUCGAAUCACAAAGUAGGGAAAUGUAUAUGGAGACUCAGGCAUUUGGACUGAUUAGUAAGGGUUAAUCUGUUUCGUAUUUACUUAUCCUGUAAAAGUUUUAUCAACUAUGACUGGCAUUCACUUACACGGGACGAAAAAUUGGAUUUACUGUACUUUUGACACGAGUCAAAAGUUAAGUCAAAUUUGGUAUUGGCUUUGACUUCACCUUUGACGCGCGUCAAAGAUGUCGCCAAAUAUAUAAGCUCUUUGCUUACUCCUUUGACCUCGGUAAAGGUGAAGUCAAAUUGUUAACAACUUUGACUUCUCCUUUGACGCGCGUCAAAGAUGAAGUCAAAUGAAUCAAUGCUUUGCUAUUCCUUUAACCCUUAUCAAAGUCGUUGUCAAAUAUGCUGGUAACUUUGACUUUACCUUUGACGCACGUCAAAGAUGAAGUCAAAAGUGUAGUCAGCUGUGACCACACCUUUGAUACUAGUCAAAAAUGAAGUCAAAUACGACCGCUACACUUUUACAACACUCUUGAAUGGUGCUGAAAGGUGAGAGCAAAUAUGCAAUGAAUUACGUCUACAAACAGUUAUGUCGAAACUGAUAUUGAGAAAGGAAAUUAAAAAGCUGUAUUUGAAUACUGUUUUAAAGAUAUUUAUACGUCAAUACCGAACACGGACGGGUAAUCAUUGUAAUUGCUGUUUUAUAAUUGUUUUUGAAAAUGUUCUAGAAUAUGUACUUUUUCGAAGUUAUUUUUUUUUGUCUUAUCUUGAGUGGAUCAUCCUUGAUCGAUCAAUAUACCAUGUAAUGACAGCGACGCAAAACAAUGACUCAACAAUUGGACGAUGGAAGACUGAACCCAAACAAGACACCCUGUUUUUGGCGCGAAAUUGUCGCGGUUGCAAACUCUCUCCGCCCGCGCAAACAAACAAACUACGCAGAUCUGAAGAAAACAAAAGCUGCUUUUUUGUACGAAGCAGUCCAGCUUUUGUUAACAAAUAUUUUCACCCUUAUCUUUGAUAGAGUUUAGACCACAAACUUGUUCAAAAGGUACGUGUCAUUCUUUUCUAUGUGUUCAUGCAAUAGUUGUUCUUCAAACUUCAUAGUUGUUUUACUGUGUUAAGCUUACGAAAACCAUCUCCGAACAGGCGUGUAUGUCGUGCUUGGGAGCUUUUCUGAUUGUUAAAUCUGGUUCAGUAAACUAUAAAAAUUUUUCUAUAUUACAGUAGAGUUUACAUUAAAUCUAGCCCUUUUUUCUUAAUAGGGUUAGUGCAUUUCUGCAAAAGUAAUAGCUGGCUUAUAUUUCACAAUGCAAUUCAAGUCAAAACUCCAUGCGAGAACCUACUAACAUCAAGAUUAUAAACCAACUCUGGUUUUUCUAACAGUUAUAUUUAACCACGAAAACUACUUCAGGGUAAUGAAAUAAUAUAAGACUCACAUAUAUUUUUUUUCAUGGACAGUGUACUUCAAUAAAAAUAUCUGUACCAGACUUUCAUGGGCAUAUUACUGAAGAAAGUACAUAAGCUUAUUUGAACAGGAUUCAGUGCAGUUUAUCAAACAAAGAAGUGUGGUUAUUUGAAGACUUCGGAUGUUUUACAGACGUGAGUAUCUCUUUCUGUUGAUUUUUCUGGGUUCUAUACGUAAUGGGGCUCAGGCUGCAUAAUUUUUAAAAUAUUCCAUUGAUUUUUGUACCACCACAGUGGCAGCUAGGUGUGUUUCAACAUUUGAUAAUAAUCAUUCAAACGUACCGAGCUGUCUCUUCUUUAUUGUGACUGGACAAUAACUUUAAAAAUAGCCUGCGUAGCAAGCUUUUCCGCGCGAGUUUUCUGCAAGAGACUGUUUGUGGAGGGCAAAAAAAGAGGAAGGAGGGGCCGGGAGGGGCUAACUCGCGCAAUAACUCUAUUGGAAACGCUCGUUAUGCAGGUUAGGUAUAAUAUAAAGUGUUUCUUUAGUUUAAUUUUAAGCUUUGGGCAUGGAGGGAAAUUGUCAUUGAACUUUCCUGGACUUAAUUAAGUGAUGAUAAGGCUCGAUUCAAACGUCAAAUUUCACAAAUGACGAACUUAAUGACAAUGCAUGUACACGAAAUGUGAUGUUCCCAUUCAAAAGAAUUAGGUUCGCUACACAUUUUUAACCGGGUCUUUAAGUUUUGAUAAAGGUAAAGAGAAAGGGGAAUUUUCUGCAGGAAAGGAGCGAUAGUAAAAAGGGAGUGGGGCCGAAACACUAAGACUGAAUUUUUUAUCUCUAAUUGCUAUAUUCUUUUACAAUUAUUUCACAGAUAAAAGAAACAAGGCAAAGUGAUAAGUCUCCAGUGGAACGAAACACACAACAGAGGAAGAUUGAAGUUAGAUACAUGGCGUUUGUCUUUCACUUACAUCAAGAAUCAAAAGCACUCUAGAAUGAAAAUCUUCGCAAAGAUAACAUCAAGACAGAUGGGCUCCUGAUCAAGAACAUUUCUUACUUACCAUGAUUUUUGCACUGGCUUGCGUGAAAGAAGUGUUUUAAACUAUUUUGCAGGUUGCCGUCCGUGACAACAGCGUGUAUCUGGAACAUUUAUAGUGCUUCAAAAAUUUGCGGGAGUCAUUAUGAUUGUCCAUUGACAGACUGCAAUGAGUACUUUAUUCCAUAAAUCGUGAAAAGGUUUUAAAAAAUCAUUUUUAUGCGUUUAAGUUUUAAUCGGAAUUAUUCAGCUUUCUAAUCAUCUAAUGAGGUUUUAGGACAAUAAAGUACAAGAUUAAGAACUCAGUCUCUUAUCUGUCCACCUUUUUAAACGGUAUCCAGGUCGCAAUUGAAUUUGAUUGAAAUCUCAAGUUGGAUUCUAGCCUGUAUAUCAAGCGCUUAUGACUAGCGAGGCGAACGAGGAAUUCACGCGAAGCGCGAGACGAGCGAGAAGCGCGAUGCGAGGGGAGGAAAAAAACCAAACAUAUUUGGCAACACCUUUAUCAAACCUUUGACUUAAAUCUCAGACGCAUUUGACGACAACUUUGUCACACAUUUGACCUGAGGCUCAGACACAUUUGACGACACUUUUCACAAGCCUUUGACUUUAAUCACAGACAUAACUUUACCGCGCUUUUGUCACACCUUUGGCCUGAAUCUCAGACAUAUUUGACGACGCCUUUGAUAGGGGUACAAAUGCUAAUGAAAUAUACCUUUGACGCGCGUCAAAGGUAGGGGUUAAAGGCGUGACAAAAACGGCCUUUAUCGCCUGAAGACUCGCCUUUGACCGCGAGCAAAGGUAAACAUUUGUCGCGCGUCAAAGUUGUACAAAGGUGUGCAAAGGUGGCCUUUAUCGCCCGUUUGACUUCACCUUUGACGUUCGGUAAAUCCGUUUUUUCGUCCCGUGUUAGUGGAAGAUAUUCAGCACGCAUAUGUUUCUUAACUACUUUACUCGUUGUAUUGCAUCAUCUGGACGUACGUUUUAAUCCGCACAUGCAGCGAGCAAAUUUGAGCUAAGGGAGCAGCUACAUUUAAUAGUUCACAUAAUGUUUAGCAUUUUCCCAACCUAAUACUACACCGGUCAGACAUGCAACUCUAAUGUAUUUGAUCAGGCUCCUGAGUCAAUUUAAAAGUCGACAUUUAUUUUCAAGUACUGAAAAGCUGUAAGGAAAAAAAAUAGGAUUUGGCCAUGGUAGCUAGACGUUUGAAUUAGUUGAGAGUGUUCAGGAAUUAAAUCAGAAUCAUUUCCCUAUACCGGCUGGGAUCGUGCGUGUGUGUUUUUAUAAGGAGGUAACCUUUCUACAACCAAUUUAACUAAGGGUUAAGUAGUAAUUACGCAUUAAAAAAACAUCGUCAUGAAGGAACAUGUGAAAAGUAGAUAGAUGGACAUUCAAUAAUAAAAAUAACGAUAACGAACG